AUGACUGAACAAGAGAAAGUUGCCACUGAAACUGCCGAGGCUGAAGCACCAAAGGUUGAAUUCAACUUGGAAAGCUGGAAGCGUUUGUAUUGCAACUCUGAAAUUACCGAGUCCAUCCCAUGGUUCUUCGAACACUUCGACAGUGAGCACUUCACAAUUUGGUUCUCCAAAUACAACACCCCAGUCGAAAUGCCACAGAGAUUCAUGGUCAACAACUUGGUUGGUGGAACCAUUCAGAGACUCGACUCUCUCUCCAGAAACGGAUUCGGUUCAAUCCUCAUCUUCGGUGAGCAAUCCCCAUACGAAAUCGAAGCCCUCUGGGUCUUCACUGGACACGAAUUACCAAAGGAAUUCACUGAUUGCGCUGAUACUGAGUGCUAUGAUACCAGAAAGAUGGAUCUUAACAACGAAGCCGAUAAGGUUAUCAUCAAGGAGUUCUUGGCUUGGGAAGGUGAUUUCGGAGGAAGAAAGAAUCCAGACGGAAGACUCUUCAAGUGA